GGGUGACACUGUUCGCAAACACCGGCGUGUUCCUGGUGCUCAGGGCGGGAGUUUUGUUACCAACCGCGACAGAAACAAGAUGUUGUAAUAUCAGGAGGGACUGAAGUACCUAAAUCACAGCCAGCUGAGCUGCCCCCCUGAGUAAACUUACUUCUGAGAAAUGUGAUGUAGGCAGGUAAGGAGUAUAUUCUCUCUAUCCUACAGCGUAAUUCCCCGUGCCACCUGUGAAAGCAAUGCUCGUGUCUUGUACUACAAGCUGACACCUGACCUGCAGGCUUUUCCACAGAUUUGUAAUGUUAGCAAUACCAACUGUUUUGUUGGAGAAAAAGAAGGAAACUUGUCAAUAUGACUGUGGGAUAGGAAAUCUAGAAAGAUAGUAUCAAGUGACAUAAUUUUUAAAAGAAUUGCAAAAAACAGGUAAGGAGUAAAUGAGGAUUCAAGAGCAAGUGGAAAUGCAUUUUUGUAAGGGUAUUAGUAAGCAUUUGGCCUGGAUCUGGUAAACUGGGGUGGGGGAACAGCAAUUGCUGCUCUCAGUUUUGUAAUGGAUUAAGUCCUGUUGGGAACAGGCUCGGUUACAGCAUCCAGUCAGUGUCAGAGUGCUGGUAAGUUGUUCUUCUACUCUGUCCAAAAAGCAGGUAGUUCUUGUCAAUGGGUAAUUAAUUUUCCUCAUGUGUCUAGACCAGACUUGCUUCCUUUGACCCCCCCUUACUUUACUUUGGGAGUCAGUGUCAAAUACAGCUGCAUAGCAGGUUAGAUUUGAUUUAGAUGAGUACAAAUGAAUUUGUUUACUUUGAAUCCUUAAGAAAUUUGCUAAUUUUAAUAUUUUAAUAGCUAGAGGGCACAAGGAGGGAUACAGGCUUGGCCCUUCCUGCUGCUGUGUAUUCUGUUUUCCAUAUAAUCAUGGCUAUUGCUGGCAACUUUAUGAUGGUCAUGAGGUGACCUUUUGACAGUGGGAAGUACAGUGUGAACAGAGGUGGCUAAAGUACACCUCUCAGUAAUGUAACAAAGGAGCUGCCAGAAACUCAGACUUCAUCCUUCUGUCAUUGUGUAUUAUUUUUAACAUUUUGCAGUGCUUUCCUCUUGGCCUUUAGAACCUUUUAUUUCUCCUUUUUAGCUGCAGUAAUGCAUCACUCUUGAAACUUGUUGCCUUUAGACACUUCUCUAAAUGAAGGGUGACUGGAAGAGAAUCUGAAGGAGACUGUCAAGAACAAGCAGAGAUUUCAGAAGUAUUUCCUAUGAGAUUAAUGGGAAAGGGGAAAAUAGAAUCCAUAUGUAGAGAGUUGCUGUAGACAGGAUGUCGUGAUGGGAAAAGAAGUGACUGGCUUGCAUUGCACCAAGGGGCAUCCGUGUCAAACAUUGGAAAACGCUUUUAGUGGGAAGCAAAGACAGACAUUGUGACCAAAAGCAGUAGAAUUUCUGAGAGUGGUCAUGUGUUACAUAAGCAUUUCUCAGGUGUGGUUUAGUUAGCACUGAUUUAGAUUUGGAGAAAAUGAACAAGAUGACCCUUCUGUUUUACACAUGCAAUUUUCUUUCUAGCUUAUUAAAAAAGUUCUCAUGAACUGAACAGAACAUCAGUUUACAGAAUCAGAAAAAUUCUCAUGUAUACUCUGGAAUUCCCACAGACUUGAUCAAGAGAGAAACCAAGCCUAAGCUUAUAUAUUAGUCAUUCUGUUCACUAUAAACACACGAGUAAUUUGUCCAUUGUGUAGCCUUACAAUACAUUAAUUUUAUGACAUAAAGUGAAGAUUAACAUUGAACAAUAGAAGAAUGUAAGCAGAAUACAAGUCAUACAACAUAAGCCUUCUAGCCUACAUAGCAGUUAUCAUGUUGCUGAGAUUCUUAUAGCAAGUCCUGUAGGAUUUCUUUCCUCUAAAAAGAAGUUCAGUUUUAUAUUGGAAUAUAUAACUAACGCAGUGUUAGCUGUUUUCAUAAAGAAGUUUGUCGGCAGGAACUAAAACGUCCAGAUAGAAGGGAAAAGAUCAUAGUAUUUUAGUGGGGCAAAACAUGCAGUGGCUAUUCAGUAAUAACUCUGGUUCCAAAAAGUGAAGUGAGCUUCUUCACAAAAGCUUGAGUGUAUCUUCAGUUAAAUCCUGCUGCAAAAAUGAUUUCUCUAAAGCUUGUAUGAAAAAUAAUCAACCUUGGACUCAGUCUUUGACCCUGAGAAGUGCCAAGCACAUCUGUUGUUUAUGUCUGUGCAAUAUAAUGGGUUUGAACAUUUUAACCUAUGAUUGCCACCUGCCAAAUUCAAGGUUUUAUGGCGCUAUCAGUCAACAAACUGUGAAGGUAGAAUUGACAUAAAAUUAGCAAAAUGGGUAUUAAAAGUGUAAAUACCAAUAAAUAUGCCUAUUUCCAAACAUGUUGGAAUGGAAUUAGUAGAGUUUUUUCACUAUUGUGUGGUCAGCUGUGUAGAAAAAAGUUGUCCAGCAAGCAUUAUCUCAGAAAACAACUUGAGGGACAAGCAUACUUUUUUUUUUAUAUACCUUUUAGUCCUACCAAUUUAACUUCCAGUUUCAUUAGUUAAAUAGACUCUGGCAAAGAUAAUUCUUUUAUAGAACGCCUGCAGAAAGCAGUGCUGUUAAUUCGGUGGCAGUGCACAGGAAGAGUAUGACCAGUGUUCCCACAUCGUGGUUUGGCUGACCUGAUCGCUGGAUGUUCUAUAAAAGGUGCCCUGAAGCAAAGAGACCAACCAGUAGGUUAGUGAUUGAGACCAUCUAAACCACUUUACCACAUCCAAAUAAUUUCAUUCAUUAAAAGAACAAAGUGCAUGGUGUGUUUGUUCUCCCCUUGCUCCCCCAAUCCUGCCCAGUUGCCUGACUUUAAUAACCUUAGGUGAAAGGCAACUGACUUUUGUUUAUUAGCAAGAAGGUAGUUGUACUAAUCUUUAGUUUUUACUGAUAAAAGGUUCCCAGAUAGCUCUGUUUAAGAAGCUUAAUUACAGAAAAAAAAAAAAAAUACCCUUCUAAAUUAAGUUCAGAGAUAAAGCAUUCAAUAUCUCUAAAAGUACUAUAAGAUACUAUCUUGCUCAUACUGUGUUAUGUUUUAACCUUCAGUUUUCCAUGGUACAAGGUUGUUACAGAGACCAUACACAAACUCCUGUCUUGGCAGCUGGAAAGCAAACCAUUAGAACAUGUUAAUACUAUAUACUUAUUCUGGAAUAAUAAAAUGUGUAGAUAAAAGCCUCACAUAAAAAUAUGGACCACUUUGAUUCAAGGUACUCAUGUAGUAAUGCAAAUGCUGCAAAAUGUUACAAUGGCUAGAAAUUUAAAAUUGGAUGUCUUAAAAGAUAUAGGUUGUUGUUUGUUCUAAAAGGCAAAUAAGGUGAUAAAAUAGUCUCUGACUUCUCUGGCAGAACAAACAAGAAGCUGGAAAUAAGUAAGACUGGGUAGAGGAGUUCUGAGAUUCAGCAGCUGGAAAAGUGGUAGCAAAAUAAACAUUUGAAUGGUCUAACAGUAAUAGAUUUCUAAGUAUAUAUUUUAACAGUAAAUGUGUGUGGCCAAUUGCGGCCAGACGUAUUUCAUAGAAAGAUCCAGAAGGGCAUAAAAAUGGAAAAAGAACUGGACAUAGAAAUCAAAGAAUGGGGUUUUCAUAAGGAGAGUUAGAGUAGUAAGUAGAGGCCAAGAGCAGCCAGCAGUUGUAGCUGCAGCUCUAAUUUCAGUAAGUGACUUCGAGCCUGCUGUUAAACUCCUGUAACUGUUACCAGCAAAAGGGAGAAGCUGCCCUGAAUAAAUAAAAUUUGCAACUCCUUAUCUGAUAUACUGACAAAUGUCAACAUGCAGAGAUACUACAAACAAAGGUGAAUGAGCACUAUGGGAGAAGCAAGACCUCUCAGUCAAAAAUAUUACCUUGUUCUCUCCUUGUGCACUAAUGCUUUGCUACUUUUUGGCAUUACCAUCGCUAUGUGUGCUGUGGUUAGGUAUUUUUCCUACAAAAAGAAUACAUGGAUAUGAAAGCAAGCAAGCAGAUUAUAGAAAGGAUUUUUCACCUGGUCUCCCUUUUAUUAUUUCCUGACAUGUUUGUCUGCCCUUUAGGUAACCUUACUGGCAAAAUAACAACAAGCACUCUAAAAGCAAAGACUAAUGGAAAGGGUAUUACAGAAACCAGUUUCUGACUGUAGUUACACUGGUACAAAUCUAGUAUAAUUUUAAUGAAUGAUUAAUUUAAAUAUAUGGGAUGUGAAUAAAGUAAUUGUAAUAUUAAAGUUGAUUUUAUAUUUUGUACAUCAAAAAUUUACUGUUGGUAAAGUAAUGCAAGAAGAUUUGCAUGAAUUAAUUAGUCAAUAGAUUAUAUUACUAAGCAGACUGGAAAUUACUAAUUUUUUCAUUUCUGUGUCAUACUAAUGAAAGUUGGUGGUGAUGUGGACUCAUUUUUCAUUUCAUGACUCUUUAGUGGAAGGUUAUGAAAUAGUCCUACAGCAAUAAAAACAGUAGUUAAGAGUCCUAGUCCUAACAGAUAAGGAAUGUCCCUUUGUAGCAGGCAGAGAAACUCUGGAAUUUGGAAGCCUUGGAUUUAGGGCUUUAGUGUUUCUUCUCAGAUACUCUUAACAAAGCAUUUGACAUUUCUAUUUUGUGAAAUGUAGAAAAUAGUGUUUUCCUAUGGUAAGGUGUUGUGAAGAUGUAGGGGGGGAGGAAAGAAAGUACAUUUGCGAUCUGCCCUUUACUGCUUGGGGCACUGUGGAAAUACCUUCAAGAGAUGGAUUAGAAGUUGUACCUUCAUGUCCCUGCUGAGAAUCAAGUAGGAGGCAAACACUAAGAAAUCUAAAAAUCUAGUCCCAUUCCACCUAAUAUCUGCCUUCCUGGGAUGAGCUGAACCUUUGGAUUUUUGUGACUUCACUGGGGUACAUUUUAUGAAGACUACAGUUCCUAUUCAAGCUUGUAAGACAUUUGUUUCUAGUAUGAGUAUUGUUAACAGAGUAUUCAAAUAUUUGUGUGAUGUUCAGACUGUUUUGCCUUUUUACUGAAUAAAUAAAUAGAAGCAAUACAAUUAUACUGUGGUCUUUGUUCUAGUGCUAACAUGCAAAUACAUGUUUUCAUCUGUAGCCUUUUUCUUUGUUCUUGACCACAUAAUGGGAACUCUGUUAGGCCAGAAUUAUACUUGUGUUCAAAAUUUACCCCUAAAAACAUUAGAUAAUAUUCUACAUAAAAUGAGCUGGAUUUGGAUCCAGUUCUUAAAGCCUUCCACCUUCCCAUUUGGUCUUAGAAAAGUCUUCAUGUUUUCAAAACUUCUCAAAUCAUAGUCUUGUGAAGAUGUGAAAAAAAUGUUGUUGCAUUAGUAAAGGACAGUGUAUCUUAUGACCUUUAUAAUACCUCUGUUGUGUUUGGAGAUUAACAAUGCCGUCCCAUAGGUCUGCCUGUCCAAAGGAGAGGAAGGUGGUGCCUUCAGUGCAGCUGUGCUGAGACCUGGAACACGGGUCUGACUGUUGCCAGCAUCAGUCCUUCUCUUCACUCUAAAAAUGCAACAUUCAAUAAUGGCAUGUAAGAAUUGGUGAGAAGAAAUAUGAAGUCUCAAAGCAAAUGAAAUUACAGAUAAUUCAGAAACAAAAGAAAUUGGAUUUUGCUUAUGGCCUUUUAUUUUGUGUUUGUGUUCUACAUAUUAAUCCAUCUUACAUACUUCAGCUUUGUAUCGUCCUUAAUGGUCACAUCUUCUGAGAAGUCAGGGUGACUACAAACCUGUACAACUAAACUUUGCCUAUAGUCCAAACAUAGCAUAUAUUGCAAAUAUACUCAGCAAAGCAUUGCGGCUAUCAAUGGAAAUGACUAUUUCAGCUCUCUCUGGAAAUAAUGAACACCAGAUACAAAGUCUCGGUGGUUGGAGUUUUUCCACAUUUUAACUUGUUUCUGAAUCUUAAACUAAAAUCAAAAGAGCUUUUAGCAAAAAGGAUUAAAUAAAUGCUCAAAAUGAGUAAUAAAUAAUUUGUUGGUGUGGUUAUACCUUUGUGGCAGAAAUGAAGCCAAGUUUUAGCCUGAUCUAGGUAGUACAUUAAGAUAAAGGACAGAGUAGUAACACGUGCCUUAGAGUUUGAACUCCAGUUACAAGUUCACACAGAAGUAAUUACUUUACUUUUGUUAAUGUUAGCUAAUUUAAGCUAUGCAAGCAUGUGAACACAAGUUAUAAUUAAACCUACAUUUUGCUAUGUAGCUUAUCCUUAAGAGCUCUUUUUUUUCUUUAAAGCACAUCCUAAAGUCCAGCUCACUUAGCUGUGCUUGCACGCUUUGCUGCAUAUUCCUGGUGAAUUAAAGUAUGUACAUAACGAUAAGGCACGUAUAUUAACACACUGCUCAAACAGAAUUAAAAAGCAAUAUUGGAGCAUAAGACUCUGGAAGCAAAUCUGAAGUAUAGAUAUCAGUGCCUCAAGAAAUCAUAACAAAUGUUUAACAAUGCCAGCCCAGACAGAGAAUCCUAUGUUAGUCAGACGUGUUUAGUGAAAGGCUUGUGGUUCAGUUGCUUUUUGAAGACAAGAAAUAGGGAAAAGGUUAUAUCAACUGCAGAUCAUUUUAAGGGUUCCCACUUAGCUGAAAGGCAGGAAAUAAGUGCCAAAGCACUAAUUCUUGAGGGGAAAAAAAAUCGAUGUAGUAAGAAGAAAAAUAGAUGUACUAAGUAAGGAGAUACUAUGAAGUGAAAACAACAAGGUAAUUAGAAGUCUUGGAAACGCAUCACAUCCCUCCAAAGGGUUUGUUUCAAUUUUAACUGUUCCUGAGGCAUUUUGUGACAUUUCUGUGGGUACAGUUCUGUAGUAUGAAGCAAUGAUAAACCAAAAGAAUCCACAUAAAUCAAAUUCAUGCUCCCCCACUAGGGCAGCAGAUGUACUUUUAAGAUGGAAACAAUUAAAUAGUGCUACACUGGAAUAUGUGCCUGGAAGAAGGAAAGCAAAUACGUGUAACACUGUUGUUUCUUUUUGAGCUCCACUAACCUCUCUGUACUGUGGCUACUAAGUAAAUAACUUGUGUUUUUGAAUCAGUCAACUGCCUCCUUGGUUUCCAAAAGCAAUUCGCAUGCACAAAUCGUACUGAGAUCUCUAUGGUAGGAAUAACAUGAGCUGAAGGUAAUCUACAUGUUUUUGAAGCACCGUGCCUUCUAGGUUUUGUAGCUUCCACUUAAAUAUCUGUAUAACCGCUUCCACCUUUGCAUAAACUGCUCUUGGAAUGUUAACACAUGAAAUGUAACACUGGAGGUAUUCAGGACCGGUUGUAUUGCUCUCUCCAUACAGUGAUUUGGUGGACUGCUGGCCACUUUACAAAUGCCAUAGUUUAAACAACGUGAUUUCAGUACUGGACCCACUUAAGUGGGAAAGGUGGAAUAGUUUAUCUCAAAACAAGUCUACUUGUUUUUUUUACAGUUACGAGGAGUAACUAAGGUUAAACACAGCAGGCUGUUAAACAUACCACUUUAUAAAAGUUUAUUCAACAGAUCCUUGAGUAUGUGUUUCACUUAGAACCUUAGUUCAAAUGUUUAUAGAAGCAGAGUAGUAAGUAGGUUCUUCUGAAUUUUAAGUUUUUUCUUAAUUCAACUUACUCUUGGAAAUCCACAGGUCAAGUCUUGCUAUUUAUUUAAUAUCACAGAUUUUUAAGAAACUGUUCUGAUCAUGUGAGUGGAAGUGAGAAAGGAUCCUCCUGCAAAAUGGAUUAUCUUCAUAAUGAGCAUGGUUGCCCAUGCUGAAAUCACAUGCAGAAAGUUACUUAAAAACAUAAACAGUAUUUGCAUCUUCAGCAGAAUAAUAACGUAUUAUAGCAAUAAGGAGAACAUCUUCUCUUUUGAAAGUGGACUUUCUGCCUCAGGAAAAGCAGAUUCUAUCUCCCUCUUUACAAAGAUCCAGGUGCUUGAUUUGAAGACCCGAUUCUUGUUCUCAGUAAAAACACUGCUUUCCGUAGGAGCAAGACGCUGCCUACCUGACUUUCACAUAAAGAGUUUUGUUCAGAGGUUUCCCCAGUAGUUGAACUGGAUUUUCCAUUGACCUUAUGCCCUCGUUUUUACAACUAGGCAGACUUGAAGGGAAAAUAUGGUUCUUGAACUCCUGGCUGUCCAGAAUGUGGACAGCCUGAGUGUUGGGAGCCGCACUGUGUCAUUUGUGUGCCCUCGGAUGGUGUAUACCCUGUCCAUGGCCAAGCAGGAAAUGUACAGCCAGCAAGUGAACUAGCUUGGAUGUUUUGAUCCAAUCAAAACUAAACUGCAAGAGGAAAUCAGGUGAUAUAAUUACAUGUCACAUAACUAGCACAUCAAUCAAAGGAUUGCACAUUGAAGCUGACCAUGUAGUGUGUGUAUUUUACCUUGGAACUUAGGCUAAAUUAGCAUGACAAGAUCUGUGACACUGUUGUGCUCUGCAUGGAAGAUUUUUUAAUGAGAGAAAACAAAACAUCUGCUGCUGGGAGACAGGCAGCUGACCCUGAAAUGCUGUCACACUGACAGUUCUCUUUACUGUAUCUUGUUCCCUGCCCAGAAGAUCCUUCCAGCAAUACUUUCCAGAAUGACUAGAAGCCACUCUCCAAGAGUGAGAACAGAUUAUAACAGUUUCAUCCUUUAAACACGGGAGAAUGGCAGCAGAUAGGUAUUGGGAUAAAAUGCGAUAUAACAUACUGGGAUUCCACUUGUUUACAUCAAUUGACUUAUAGAAUCCCUUAGGAGGAAUACAGCUAAUAUUUUAGCUGUCAGGCCAGAUUAGCCACUUGCAGGGAGCAAAAGAGAGGAUUUUAUGAAAUCUCGGAAGCUCAAGAUUGAUCAGCAAUAAAUGGAAAAAAUCAAUAUCAGGUUCUGCUGUGGUGAAGAAGUGUCAGCCCUCAGCAAAUGUGUUUGAAGGGUUUGUUCCUUAGAAUGGAUUGCAAGAAAGGGGAACUAGGAGUGAGUUUAGGGGGUUCUAAUGGGAAGAAUGACUGGGAAAAGUCAUGUCUAUGGAAAAGACGGGGAUUAUAGAAAAAGGAAGGAAGGACAAAGAUGAGGGAAGUUCUGGGGUGUCUCUCCACACUCACUAGACCUCAUGCCUUCAGAUGACAGGAUACAGGACACAGGACACAUCCUUCUGACUCCCUCACUUCCCAAUAGCCUCUCCUCCCUCCACGGUCCACUCCCAUCUUAAAACUUUUAGGCCUCUUCUUCGUUCUUCUUCCUCCCAUUGAAGGGCUCUCAGGUCCCACCAUCUCCAGAGGAGGCAUUCACCUGACCACACAGACAGGGCAGGGAAGGAGUGGCCAACAAUAAGUGGGCAGGUUGUUGCCAGGUCUCACUCUACAGCUCCCCAACCAGCAAGACAUUGCAAAACAGGUAGCAAGGUCACAUACUGUUGUUUACUUUGGCUGUGCUUGGAAGUUAAACUUGCCUGUUGUCACUGGUAUUGGUGAGAAAAGCUUCCACAGAUUUCAGCUGAUUUCCACAAGUGAGAACUGAAUGAUUUGUUACCAAGCCUCUUUUUUUACCCGGGUGUUUGGAGGAAGGUUAAGGAAGCCUUUAUUGCCAUUGAUACUUUUUGCAGAACUAUUUGGAUGGUGGUGGUAUUUGUAUGGCAGUUUUAAGAUGCCUCCAUCACCUGCUAGAACGUAUAACAGCAUAUACGUUUUUUAUGUUCUUCUUUAUUGCUCCCUGCAGAAUAACAUUUUCGAGAAAUUUUGCUUCCCCUCCCAAACAAGGCAAAAUAACAGGGUAAACCACAUGUAGUCUUUUGGGGAAAAAUGUGGCAUAGCAAGAGUUAAGGACAUUAUUGACUGAACCAGCUGUACAGCAUUACUCUAUUUAAAUAACAUAAUUCUGCUUAUGUGCGCUGUGUAAAAUUAGGUGUAGAAAACAGCUAGAGGCAAAGCCUGUUGUAACUCCCUAGUAUAUUAACUAUGACAUUUAGACUUUUUAAUGGUGUGAAACAUAUAUAAUGAUUUGUUCAUACAAAAGCAUGGACUAAGGCUUGCUGCCAUUUAACAAAGGAACAACUGCUUCUUUGCCCUGGAGAAGAGAAGAUGGUCACUGGCAGGGAAGGAUUUAGUAUAGAAAGAACAGUGUGCUCUGCUGUCAUUGACUUGUUUUUACUGGGAAAAUUUACCAAAUUAAUAGAAAUGUUAAUUGACAAUUAUAUGAAAUGCAAACUUGGCCUGACUAUGGCCAAGGGCAGAUCUGUGUUAACUGCUUUUGUCUGAGAUUAUCACAAUUAGUCACCGUAUUUAAAAACACAGUGUAUUACUACGUUAAAAAAUUCAUUUAGUAUUUUCUAAGCAAAGGGAUUCAAAGAGACAAUGGAGGUACCAAAGAGCUGAUUUUAAAUAUGAGCAAGGAACCCUAAGAAAAAUGUUCUGUUGGUGGAUGCAAAGAAGUUGCCUUGAAUCAGGGCAUCUUGCAGCGUUCCUCACCAGUGCUUCUCAUUUUUUAGACUCUGUUAACCUGCUUUGGGAGCCAGGAUGGGGAAACGUGUGACUAGACUUCAGUCAGGAUAAGGCUCCCUCCUGACCAACUUUCUGCAGGACGUCUGCACCAUUAAAUACGCCUUAAGACUUGCAAACACUCAAGAAUCAGACCAAUUCCAUACACUUUAUAGUAUAAUGUAAUUACAAGAAGAGGCAGUAUGCUUAUUUCUUUCAUAGUCUCCUAAUUUUAUACAAACCAUAAAUGACUAGCCACUACUCCAUGAUAUUAUUUACAGGAAAUUGUAUAUAAUAUAUAGUUAAGAGAGAAAAUAAUGGGUUUUACGCCAACUAUACUUACAGGAAUCCUGGAUAAAACACACUUAUUUGUUUUUCACUCUUCAGAUUGUGGUCACACUCUGUCUUAGCUGAAUUUCCCUGUAAGCCAGAUACUACUUAAGUUGUUGUACCUAAUUAUACACACUGAGCAGUCCUGUUUUUCAGUUAAAGACUGAAAUGAAAAAGGACUUUUGCUAACACUUAUUCUCAAUGCUAUUUUAUUGUAUAAAGACUUGUCCUUAUAUGUAAAUAUCUGAAGUUUCAUAAAGAUAAUUAAAAUCAUAGAUCUAGAUUUUUAACAAACUUUUGUUGUCUUACCCAGGUCUGGUAUCAUAUAAUGUAAAUUUCUUUAGGUGAUAGUGAGGAGUGUAAAAAUCUCUGUCUAGAAGCUGAUACUGUAAGAAGCACACCCAUUGCCUGCCAAAGUACACUAUAGGAGUUUUGACUUUAAUUUGUGUGAAAAUUGUGUAUUCCCAGUUGCCUCUUCUGAUUCCCUUGUGUGUCAUCCAGAAAAACAUCUGGGCAACCUGAAAAUUUACAAGAAGGAAGGAAGGAAGGAACCUGGCUUUUAAGCGUACUCUUUGGAGAAAUUGCAAUAUGAAAAGGUAGUAAAUUUUUGACCCUUUGACCCAAAGACAUAAACAGACUCCUACGACUUUAACGUUGAAUGAAGUCCUAACUCCUGUAACCUCAUCUUGUUGUUCCUGACCCGGCAGGGGGAUUGGACUAGAUGAACUUUCGAGGUCCCUUCCAAUCCCUGACAUUCUGUGAUUCUGUGAUUCUUAUUGGCUAAUGAGGUAGAGUUAGGGAUUUUCUAGUCCUUGCAGUCUGCUUUAUGAAUAGGAGCCUGCAUGAACCAAGAGAGAAUCUGUGCUUUGAAUCCCAGUUUUCAAGAACUCGUAAAUGAAUUAUAUUUUAAAGAUAUUUUUUAGUUCUGGAUUCUAUUUUAAAUGAACAAGCAAAACCCCAAACAAACAGACCAAGAACACCCUACCAGCAAGUGAAUUCUUACAGUCAUCGGGAAUAUUCUGGGAGAUAAACAAGGCUUUUAAACAUCUCCCUCUUUCAGUGCAAUGGAAACAACUUGAGUAGAACAGGAAAAGCUUCGUAUCUCCUGUGGCAGAAAACCAGCCAAAAAAACCCAUAGACUCAAGAAAAAGACAAAAAUCGAGAUGUAAGGAAAAAUGUGAUGUAAGAUCUGGUCAGUGAACUACUCACUAACACCAACGUUUAUGUGGUCAGGAUUGCUUAUUUGAAGUCCACCUUACGUGAGUUUUUGUCAGAAACUACAGCCGAAGCUCCUUAUUUAUUACUCAAGUGGUAAUCCUCACAUUCAUAGUAAUAUCUGGGCAUGCCUCAUACAAAUAGCUUUGAAUUUUCUUUCAAUCUGUACUCAGAAACUCUCAUGUCUGGGAUUUACUUUAAAAAUCUUGCCUAUUUUACUAUCAUCUACCAUGGACGUUUGAGUUGUAGUAUCUAUAGAGUGAGCAGCACCUGUACAAUAUGCACUGUAAGAGAUUUUAUUGCUUCUAACAGUAUUUAUUGUACCUCAGCCACACAGGGUAGCAGAGGACUAUGCUUAACAUCUGACAUUCUAACAUGGUUUGAAGAAAAUUUAACUCCAUAAUUAAAUUUACUGCUGUGAUUUUCCACUUGCAAUUAUCCACAAAUAUUCACUGCCUUUUUCACAUAUGCAGUUUAGCACAUUAGCACAUACAGCCACUUAGCUCACUUAUUAUCAUUGCAACAUUUUUUCAUAUUAAUGUCCAACAAGUCUCUGAGGCUUAUUUUUUUUUACUCUUUCUACAGUAAAGGUACUAUCAAAAUAAACAUGUAAUAAUUUUGUCCCUUUGCUCCUUUUCUGUUCUUACACAUGGAAAAUUCUAUUUCAAUAUGAACUUUGCCCAAGAAAGGUCUAAAAGGUAAGCCUGCAAUUGUUAAUUUUAAAUGGAACUCAAGCGAUUUCAUGCAGUAAAAGCUCUUUGUAGACAAAAUCCAUUAAUAGUACUAUAGUGCAAUAAGCCUAGAAUAGGCACUCUUUUGUGUUUUCUUUGCAGACUAAUAUUCUACUGGUGAAUUAAAAAAAAAAAAAAUUAAAAAGCAUCAGCCAUACAAACAGGACAGCAAUACAAUUACUUUACCAAGAGCAGCAAGAGGUACAUCUACUGAAAAUAUCUUGCUUUCUACUGAAUAUGCACCCAUUAGACAAACUUUGAUUGCUACCCGCUUUCUGAUUUUCUGUAUACUCACCGUUCUGUUGCUGUACCCUGUAUUUUCAAUUGCAUUUUAUGAUGCCUCAGCCUGUAGCACUAGAUGCAGUCAUCCACUGCUAUGCUGUCACAUUCUAUGAAGCAAAUGACAUACUCAAUGCCAUAACAGAGGAGGUGGGAAGGCUUAUUCCUUGCAGUAAAUCCAACUCAGUCAGCAAGCUGUUCUUUGGUUUCAUCAGGAAUGUUAAAGGUGUAUUCAUAUUAAGCUCAGUUUCGUCUUUGUCACUAGUGAUACACCUUCGUACACCUUCAUACUUACAAUUCUUACGAUCCUUGUUUGCUUUGUCUUUUUCCUCUGAAGGCUUCACAUGUUACCUUGUCUCUGUGUAUUCGUAUACAUGCAUCAGAAGAUACUGUCUCUUCUGAAAAGCUCAAUAAUCUAAAUAGCGCUAGGAUCCUGAUCCCUCUUCCCCCAUUCUUUGCAAGUGGAACAGGAAGAUUAUGGUUUGCCAGAAGUCACAGAGAAACGUCUGCAGGAGAGCCAAGAACCAAGACUGGAUUUCUCAUCACCCGAGUCAGUGCCAUAGCCACAAGUCUAGCCAGCUUUUCUUGCUGAUGUCUUGGCAGCUGGAUUAUAAACCUAUCUUAUGAGUAAUAAAACCAGUUAGUGAUGAUAAUCUGAACAGCACAAACCCAGUAACACUGCAGAUGUGCUAGGGAGCAGCUGAGAAGGUCAGCUGCAUUGCAAUUGAGAGUGUAGGACUGAAUAAAACCAAGGGCUUGCACACUUAGAAAUGCAUUUCCACUCAGGCAGUUUACUGUAUGGGUAGGAACUUUAUAUUAGCUCUGUCCCCGAUUUCCGACUGUUCCUACAGGUUUCCAGGGUCCUGGUCUAAAAACAGCAUGUGAACUCGGUCACUUCAGUGUAUAUUUCACCUAUGCUACAUUCAAUUACAGCUCCAAAGGUGGAGGAAAGCAAGGGUGUGAAUAUUCUGAGACCAUCUUGAAGAAUUCUUGGUUAGGAAUAGACUGCAUUUGUCCUUUGAGCAUCCUUCACAUAGUCCUGAAGACGAGAAAAACCAGCAAGUAGCUGGCCCAUGAAGGGAAAGGGGAAUUACAAUUUCAAAGACAUUGACAGAGCUCUCAGUCAAACUAAAUCUCAGAUCAGUAAAAGAGGUCACAAUCGUCAGGUUUUUUAAAAGCUCAUUAUGAGUUAGGUGUUCUGUGUGGCAACUGUAUAGAUUUCAGUUGUGGGAGCAAGUCCAAAGCAUGCUUUACUGGGUCCUUUCACUCUCGCUAAAGUGUAUUUCUUUUUUCCCUUGAAUGAGAGGCCAGCAGCCUAAGUUUAGGCUUCUUAACCCAUCUGAAGAAUACGUGAGGAUGAAUGUCUCUUCUAUUUUAUUUCUGUUUUAUUUCAGCAGAAAGGACAGAUAGAUAGAUAGAUAGAUAGAUAGAGAGAUUUGGAUCAUAUCUCAUUUUUGUAAUCCUGGCUAAAUAAUAAGCUUUCUGUUUAACUAACAUUAAAUUUGAUGACUUGCUUCUACGUGGAGGGUUUAAGAAGAAAAGGAAGGUGAGUCUGUUAAUUCAUUAACAUGUAACUCUGUUAAUACUGAGGUAAUUAUGGCUAAAUAUUAAUAUUACUCUGAACACGUGAAAAGUCAUAGGUAGUGGUACUAAAAUAACAAGAAACUGGGAGGAUCUUUCAAGUAAACUUGUAUAUAUUGUGAGGAGAAAAAAAAAGCAUAGGACAUUUGUCUUCAUGGCAAGUUUUCCUCAUUACUAUUGAUUAGUAUUGAUCACUAAUUCUUAAUUUUUAUCCUGUUUAGCAGUUUGGCAUGCAUAUUUAAUACACUGUCUCAGAGCCUUGGGCAAAGGUAAUGGUUUUUACAUUUUCACUGAUAUCUAGCUUGCAGAGGUCUAAGACAUGUUACUUCGUACAAACAGAUAUUGGUAAAAUUCCCAAUAACUUCAGUUGGACACAAAUAGACCCUUCCAACAGAGGCAUUUUAACCUAGAUCCUACCAGGUCCUGCCUGCCUUUCCUGAUAUAAUUCCUGCUGCAGAUGGGCAGGUUCCGGUUUAUCUCUACGGGGACAGUGAGAAGAACAUACCUCACUCGUAAUUCUCAUGGAGGAGGAGUAGAUGGAAGCCACAGUAUGGUCAUACCUAACUUCAUUUUAGGAAACUUUUUUACUAUCUGAAUUAUUUCCCAAAUGUGAUUCUAUCUUUCUGCAUAUCCCAGAUCCUCACAGAGAAUUAUGUAUCAUGCUGGAAAACAAGGAGAGGAAUAGAAACCUAACAAUUGUGGCUAUAGUACAGCAAAUGUGCAACAUUUUAUCAGAGUAUGCAAAGUGAUUUCAAAGACUGAAGAAAUUGAACAUCUACUGAGAAGAAAUACCAACUUUGAGUCUUUACAUAAACAAGAAUGCAGAACUGUAGCAGUAGAAUAAUUAAAAAACACUUUUCCAGCUUGCAGAAUGGUCCAGUGUCUUUUUAGAGUACAGUCAGGAUGCAUCGUUGACUCUGCGAACAAGUAAAAUAAGAACAACAGGAAACCUAAUUUGAUCUCUCAAAACAGCAGAGUCCUCUUGCACUAUUUAAGUAACUAACCUUAGAGGGUGCUGCUUUUCUAUGGUGCUAGUCUAGACCCAGGAUUACAGAAUUAUCAGCUGUUUGUAUGUUAGUCCCAAAGCUCUAUCACUGUGCAGUCUGUGCAUGCUUGUCCUCUCAGAAUCACAGCUCACAGAAGAGUUCAUUGCUAUUGUUUGCUCACUGAUUGCUAAUGGGUCUCUAUGGCUUCCUAUGCUCAGGAAGAAUGAAGCAUGGCUUGGCAACUAAGGUCCUAACUCUUGUUUCUGAGCAGAAAAGGGGCCUCUCUCCAAAUUAGACAGGUUCAGGUGGGAGAACUAUAUCAAAAACAGCACACAAAUUGUAUCAAAGUGGACUCUUACCUCCCAGGCAGGAACUAGAAAACAUCCCCCCCUCAAGCUGGGUCAUGUGCUUAAUGCUAAAAUGUUGGACAUAAAAAACAAAACCAUUGGUGGGAUGUGUGUCAAGGGAGGAAGAAAGAAAAGAAAUCUAACAUUGCACCAGUGGAAAAAAAUGCCACAGACUGUAAACCACUGGUAUGUGACUUAAUAGUCUGUCAUUGUUCUUAAUCCUGUUGUUGUUUCAUUUGCUAUUUGUUUCCACAGCAGAAUUCCAGCAGUGAUAGAAAAUGAAUAACAGUGAUGCAGAAUGGAGUCCAUCUGAAGCUGUCCAGUGGUUCUUUCUUUCCUAGAUCAUUGCUAUAAUGAGGUUUAAUCCUGCAACCUUUCUGUCUCCAAUAUCCCCACUGAAUGCUAUGGGAAUAGCAAUGCGAGUAGGGAGCUGGCUAAUUGGACAGAUGAUCACUCUUUAUUCAAUAUCCAGCUACCUUCGGCUGCUGUCACUCAGAAUAUUUCUCUGAGAGGGAGCUUGCUUGUACACUAGUAAUCAAAUUCCCUCUGUUUUAGAACAUUAUCUCCAUCCAUUUUGUCUUUCACUCUCAUUCUUUUCAUCCAACUUCUUUAUCCAUCCGUCAGUCAUUGUCCAUGUAACCAAAUAUAUUUUGAAUUUAUAUAAAAUGGCAACAGCACUAACUCCUUUGACUGUAUGUCAAAGCCUCUUCUGUGGGUUGUGGUUCUGCUUAUGGUUAAGUCUUAUGAAAGAUUUUCCUGUGGUUUUGUUCAUCCCUCACACAAACAAGCCCCACCUCACUUUGUAAAUAACAGAGUCCAUACUCUUUGGCCAUCAUUAAGUAGCUUUGACUGGCCCCAAAGAACACUACAAUCUAUAUGGAAUAGCUAACACACUUAAAAAUGCCCAGUAGAGAUCUGAAUUAUUUUUCAAAACUUCUUUCCAAUAACAGGUAAUCGCUUAAAAGUCCAGUAUCACAAAUAUCAAUACAGAUCUCUACUAUUAGCCUGCACAGAUCUAAUUUACCUACUCAGUAAAGCAAAAAUUUACAUGGAAAAGAAAGACUCGACUGUGACACUAGAACAGUUUCUAUAACAUGGGAGCUAAAUAUACCCUUAUAAACAUUAUUGCUCUCUCAUGAUCUCUCUACAAAUAUUUUAUUUCUUGCACAACAUGCUAUCUAAACAUAAACGUUAGCACAAUAAAGUUUAGUUAAGGAUUGUCUGACCUUCAGUAGAACAACAUACAAGCAAGAGAUUUUAGACAGCAAUUCCACUCUAUAUUAUAAAAAUAGCUGUAUUGAUAAACAUUUAUAGGGAGCAAAGCAUUGUAGUAAUGGAAAGUACUAGCUUACGUACUAACCAGGUAUGUGGUCAUACGUUAUAAACAUUUACAUGUACAGAGAUCAUUGCUUAGAGUGUAAAGACUGAAGGAGAUUCCACCAGUAUGUUAUAUGAUACAAUUGCUUUUUAAGAAGAAAAGCAAGUCUCCCAUUGUUCUUUCCCAGCUUAUGUGGCAUGGAAUCUUUGAAUAUAGGCAAGUGUACAAAGCAGGCCAGAAAAUAUGUUUUCAGAUUUUGCAAUUGUUAUUAACAUGUAUGAACAGAAACUUAAAUAAGAGAGAGUAGAAAUCAGUUUUAAGUUUCAGGCAUAACAUUUCAUUAAAGCACCCGCUACUCAUGUCUGUGGAAUAUUGUAACUGUCUGAGUCUUGUAAAUUAAAAUUCACAGUAAACUUUAUCUGUGAUCUUAAAGAAAAGCCAAGCUAAAUGCUGUCUUCUGAGCUGAACCUGUACUACGAAAGACCAUGUAAUUUCAGAACAAGUGUGGAUGAUAAUGUUAAGUUUAAGCAUGUAAAUUCUGCACUGAUAUACACUAUGUGUAACUCAAAUUAAGAUAAAAGCAUUAUGUGGUUUAUAUAUCAGCAUUUGGUCCUCAGAUUUAACUGAAAACUCUAUCUACACAAAAGGAUUUCUAACAUUAGGUUUUACGUCUGCAGUCUUUCCGGCAUCCCAAAAGUCAGGAAAUUAGGACAAUAUGAGAAUAUUGUUCUAAAUCCAACACUGAAGGAAACAACAAUUCUGACAUUUGAGCCAGAUUUUGUUUGACUUUCUUCAUGUGGACAGGCAAAGGGAGGCAGUAUUUUUGCCAAUGAGUUACUUGCUUUGCUUCUUAGACUGGAAACCUGAGGGAGAGGCUGGCUUUGUAACAAAAACAGGUGGCCCACAGAAUGGAGACAUGGCUACCAACAAAUUUCACAUUAUCCACUAAGUCAGCAUACGGUGACUGCAUCAAACUCCUAUUAGUCACCCUAAACUUGAGAUUUUGUGACAAGCCUUCCACUCUCAUUAGUGACCCACCCAGUCUCCAGCUGCUCCUUGUCAGUUAAAGAUGCUCAUCAUAGAAGUUAAUACCAAGGCGCAUUGACAUCGAACAGCACAUUUAUGUAAUCCAGAAAGGAGUUGUUCACUAACCAUAGCAAACUCUUCCUGUAAAUCCUUUGCAAAGCACAGUGGUUGCUCUUUAAGGACUUUCUGGAUGAGAUUCUUCUACCUUGGAAUCAGUAGCUGGCCGCCUUCCAGACCAUGUUGACUCUCAGCCUCAGUGAGCUUAGGGCUGAGUGAUCAGGGAUUCUCUGCUUGGACCUGUGGAACUAACCCAACUUGGUGAUGCAUGGUGGUGGGUGACUUUUAUGUUAUUCAGAGAAAUUUUUAUGGAUUCUUGAUGUUAAAGAAUAAUCUCACUGAUUCCAGGUGUGCCUACAAGACAUAGGUACAAAGGAUGCAGGCUGCAGCAGUGCAGGCUGCCUUUAAUCAGUGGUUUCAUUUACCAUCAAGUGCUGAAGUCACGGAGUUUUGCUAAAGCCACAAGCCACCUGAAUAUCAAGGGCCAUUCAGCUGAUAUCUUAUUGCUAGCAAAUACUCAGAAAGCAUUGCCACAGCUCUAAAAUUUCCUAAGUACACAGAACUGUGUAUUCUAUAAUGUAGUUUUCAUGCUAGCAUUCAUGUAAUAAUACAAUAUUUUGACGGUAGCUGAACAGUGUGUUUAGUUAUACAUUUAGUUCCUUCAACACUUCAACUUACUAAAAAUUUUAAUUCAUUUAGCGUAUUCAGUUAUUUUCUGGCAAGUAAUUAUUUUGACAAACAUAUCCAGAGCAUCAGUACACCAUAGGCCUUCAGUUCAUUCUAGCUAUUUAACUUCAGCCUUAACCUUGUUCUUAGGAAAAACUAAACAAAAUGAGAUCAUGGGGGGGGGGGUCCGCUAAUUACAAGUUAGUAUGUUUUAUGUGCAAUUUAUGUCCUAGAUUUUCCAGCCCUUACUCCUAGAAGCCUUAGGGAGCACCUGAUUUUAAGCAGCAGAAAUAUUCCUACUCCCAGAACUUCACAUGUGAGAUUUCUGGUACUUCUAUUACUUUUACUGAAGUAGUAAACAUCAGAACAUGCAAACCUGAAGAUCUGAUCCAUGGAACAGCUGUUUCACAUCCUAAAUAAGCAAGUGAGUAUUUGCUAUGAAGUUUAAACAGAUCCAAAAUAAAUAUACUGGUCUUCUUGUAUUCAGCUUCCUUGAGUUAUUCCUACCAAGUAUCAAGUCAAGUCUCCAGUAAGGCAGAGGAGGAGGAAAACUGGAAUUCUUCUUGGAACACUAGUUAAUUUUUAAUGGGCAAAAAAUAAGAAUGUGUCUACAGCAAGAGUGCAUUAGAUCCUGCCUUUCAGUGGCAAAACAGAGCUUCCAAGCCCUUAGGCGCAUUAUUCUCUUCUAAUGGUUCAUUUCCUCUCCACUGUUCUACCUGCAAGAAUUUAACAGAUUAUUAUCACUCUAAAUAAAAUACUAUCGUUUGCUUUCUGUAGGAGUUUCUCAAGAAAAUGUGAGGCACAGAUGCAUUUGCCUAUAACAGACAUUAAAAUGUUUGGAAAACAAGGCAUAUGAAUAACAAAGCAAAUUGUUCAGAGUUCCAUGACAUCACUUUAAAGUAAUUUUUAUAGUAACUUGAAGUUUUAAAAUCAUUAUUAUACAAUCUGCAUUUUUAUUACUUCACUGUUCUUUAAAAAGAGCAGCUGCUCUGGUCCUUUCAUCCCCCAUCCUUCACCUGCCCCUCUAUCAUCUCAACAUGUCAAAAAGGUCCUGUAAUAGUGGAAGUAAUGUGUCAAAAUGGUAGUCCUUUCUGUGCUUACAUAUAUUAAUUGCAUAGCUUCCUAACAAAUGAGCAAACAUUUGAUUCUUAGUGCAAAAGCUGAGGUUAGUUUUCCACUUCUUAAGAGGCCCCUAAAAUUAGGAGAUUGAGUUCAUGGUUACAAGUGAGUAUCAGUGCCCUGGAGAGAUUUUCCAGGAGGUUGGGCAGAUCCAGCCUUUUCCAGGUUUUGAAGGACAUGACCCACAGGCUGAAGCCUUCCUUUGGUUAAGCUGGCUGUGUAACAACACAGCCUUUACAAGUUGCAAGAAUUUUUAUUGCACAGCAUGUAUUUUUUCUGCAGGAAGAGUUAGGUUGUGGUUCACUGACUAAUAUGAAUACCAUGUGAUUGGAAUGAAAAAUUAAUUUUAAAAAAAUCACUAAAUAUUUCUUGAAGACAGAAUACCUGAUAUCUGCUGAUUAGACACUUGCAAUAGAUAUGAUUACAUUUUUUAUUCCUUCAGAGCUUACGUGUAUCCAGAUCUAACAAUCCAGUUAAAAGAACAGCUCAUAGCUCUAAGAAGUAAUGGACUCAAAAUGACAUGAGGGGGACACAGUAAUUUUCUCAGUCUAACAAAAUACGUUAAAUACCAUGUGGAAAAUAGCCUUUUACCAUCCCGUUUCUGUAAGUGUCACACGACAUUCCAUUCUCACAUGCAUUUUCUUAUACUGCCUAGCCCUUCGGUAGCACCACAAAGCUUAAACUCCCACACUGGGUAUAACAGAGCCAGCACCAUUAAAACCAACCCUGUCCUACUCUUCCGUAUGUUUCUUAUGUAUGGUGAAGUCUGCAAUAACAGCAUCUCUUUAGAAUGACAUGAGACGUAGAUCAUGAGUGGCAUCCUUGGGUACUCUGGUAAAAGUAGUGGCAGUGCUCUGCUUAAAUUCGUCUGGAUAAUUAUAUGGCUCUCAUUUGAAUUUAGCCUGUUAGCUUCUGCUAGAAGAGUUCUUAUUGCUUCAUCCUGCCAGCGUUUUUGCUUUCUUUAUCCCUUUCAGCAGUUACCAGAUUUCAGUGGCAGUUGGAGUACAUACUUCUCUGUGGAAUCAAGCAUGCAGACAACUGCAACAAGGCAAGCUAUUAAUUUAAAGUUGUGUCAGGCAGGACACACCUGUAUUUAUUUAAGAUAUGCAUGGAAAAUGUGUAAUUUUCACGAGUUUUUGCACCUCACUUUAUUUCAAUUUACCAUACAGCUUUACCAGGAUGGCUACUUUCUACAUUUUCCAUGAGUUCAAUGUGAUUGAAAUAUUUAUUUCCUCCUGCUGCCAAAAUACUGAGAAAGAAGGUUAUAUUUGCUUUAAAAUAGCCUGUUGGAUGUUAAAAUUGUGCAGUCUUCUUCCUUUGAUUGGACUAGAUGAUCUUUCGAGGUCCCUUCCAAUCCCUAACAUUCUGUGAUUCUGUGAUUUGUCUUUCCGUGCAAGUAUCUCACAGACUGAUCAUUAUAUCUGGCUUCAGCAUGCAGAAGGCAGCUUGUGAUUUUUCGGGGAUGUUUUCCCAUCUCACCACAAGAUGUCGGUGUGACACAUUCAUCCUGGACACGUUUACACUGGCACCGUGUUUCUCCCAGCCAACUGCCGCAAGCUGCGAAUGGAUCCCAUUUCUUUCCUUUAAAAACCCACAAAAGAUAUUGAGACCAUAAAUAUGUGCAAUGGGAGAAAGAGAGAAAGGACUGACAAGUGCAAGGCCACAAUAACUAAUGGCCUCACCUCAGUUGUGCAAAGAACAUCCCUGCAAUGCUUCCUGCACUAGUGGGUGGUUUCCCACCUGUGGUGCAAUACGGGACGAGGCCUUCACACAGACAGAAAAACAGGGAACAAAAACCUGAGACACUGAGCUGACAAUCAAGGACAUCUAUCCUGCUCCUGCUGGAUCUGCUCUGAAGGUUUAAAAUUACCUCUUAAUCAGUUGUUUUUAAAAUGUAUUGCUCACCUGAAGCAUGCUAUAGAUACUUGAAGAGCAUAGCCAUAGCAGUAUCAAAAGUUCCUCUGUAUUUCAGCACCACAUUCAUAUUUAAAUUUGAAAGCCUGAAAAUAUAUUCUAAAUUGCCAGGAUGCUUGCGUUUCAAGGGUGUUUUAAUUUUCCAGUUUACAUAUUCUCCAUGUUAUCAACAAAGAGAUAAGAAAGACGGUGAUAAUUUCUGAUUCCUUAGGUGGCAAAGAGAGAUAAAAAGGGACUGGGACUGAGGAGAGAGCAGGACAGGAGUGCAGGAAGAAACUUCAUUACCAAAAUCUUUCCAAUUCCUUAUCCUACAGAGUAGAAAGGGAUCCUAUAAACUCCUGUAGAGCUUUGCAUAUGACAUGAAUUUAAAGAGUAUUCAAAGCAUCCUUCAUGCUAAUUAGGCCAGGCAGACAGUUCCAAGUAUACUUAACACAGACAUUUGAAAUACGAACACAACUGUUUCUGGGAAUAGAUAUAGCUGUCCCACCACAAGCUGCACAGAGGUGGUGGUUUCUGUUUUCAUUUAGAGUGCAAGUAUAGGCAAGUUUACCUUUUUCCAGAGAAGAUGGGAAUCAUUAAAAUAAAAAAUAAAAGAAUGUGGUAUUCCUGCACAGUACCUUUAUUAAUGAAGUGCAAAAUUGGAGUAAAAUAAGUCAGGCUAUCAUCACAGAAUUCAGUAGGGACAGCAAUAACUUUCAGCAAUCUCUAAAAGCAAAUCACAACCAACCAGGCAUAUGGCUUCACUUCAGGGUUAAAGUUUCCUCAUCGAGUGAAUCAUUGGCUAGCAGAACAGAAAACAGCUGCUGAACAGAUAAUGGGCAAUGCUCCAGGUUAUUUUUAUCACUAUUUUAGUAAGCCAUACAUUCAGAAUUGCAUCUUUAAAUUAUUUCUGGAGGACAGUUUGACAGGGCAAGAGCUAAUAGUUAAAUAAAGUACCAUAACUGUCCUUUCCCACAGUAGUCAGUUAAAUGGUUGGCCAUUAGUGUAAGUUAUCCUGAACCUUUGAUCUACCUUCAAAAACUUCCUUACCUUGCAAUGCAGCCUUCAUGAGUCUAACAUAAAAUAGCAACCUUAGAACUUUAAUUAUAGUUGUGUCUGCUAAUCCUGCUCUACUAUCAGCUCAAUACAGAAGUUCCCUUUUGAUAGCUAUCAAAAUUCAACUGCCUAAUUUUUUGUGAGUCCACUAGCAACCAUCCCGUAUUAGCAACAAUCCCAUAUAAACUGACUUGCCAUUUUCAUGGCAAGGAAGGAUAUAAGAACAAGAGAGAGAAAGAUCUCUGAAUAACAGCAGCCAAACAAGAAGGAAUAAAAGUAUCUCAUUUGAUUAUUUCUAGCACUAGUGCAACUGAGGAAAAUAAGCAGUUUUCACCAUCAGUUGCCAUAUUGCAUUCUGCUUUACAUUACCAAGCCCAACAAGAGGGAUUUUCUAGCAAACACAUUAAAAUCUAGAAAUACUUUCCCUUUUCACUGCAAUUUCCUCUCAGGUCUCAUUAACCAAAGUAUUAGAACUUGUAGGCAUUAUUUGCUCUGUGAUCACAGAGUAGCAAGACGAUUACAGCACAGAGAGCUUUCGAGGUUAUCAGUCCUGCUCUCCAGAUCCAUGUGGUAGAUGAGAUCAUAGGUUAAAGCUGUUAAGCCACAGAAGAUGAAGGCUACUGAGACAACGCGAUAGCAUUAAGAAUUUGGAGUUUUCUUUACUAUUUUGCUGGAGACAAAUAACUCUGCCCUCUCCCGGAAGCUGUGAAAUAUUAGCUUUCACUGUGAUUUUCCGUACACUCUUGAGCCUGACUCCCUGACACACUGGAGAAGGCUCCGCUGUGUUUGUAGGUCACCAAGAUUGCGGAGCCAGCCUUUCAGGCAUCCCCUCUUUGGACAGGGAUGGUUACUGUUCCAUUACUUCCUCCUGCCAAUAAGACGGUUAACCUUGUCCAUAUUUUACCUAUGCACAACUUCUGCAACGAUAUUCAACGCACUGGAUAUUUUUAUAGUUUACCUAACCUGAAAUCUGCUUCAUUCCUACUUCAGUCUAACUAAAUUCUUUCCCUCAGUAACUUUGCAUUUCAGUUAGAAGAAAUAUAGAGUUUGUAUCUAUUGCCAUGUAUCCCUUGAAAAAACAGAAUCUUUGAACUUCCAUUUAAAUCAAGAAUCUUUCACAUUAUUUGUCUGCUAUUGAUCAUGACAAAAACCACAACAUUGUGAUAAUCGGCAUGUGUUAUAAUUUUGUUUUUGCUACUUAUGCAUGAAAGCUGUGCAUGUGUCGAAGCCACUCAAGACCAAAGCACUAUAAAUAGUGCUCUAUUGUCAGUGGAUAAAAGAUGAAACAAGUCUCCCGGCACUGGAGCACAGUGCACCCUAUUAAAUGUUGAGCUCUGGCUGUGCUAAAAGUGAAAAGCGACAUCAACCAAUAAACCAGUCUGCGGGUAAAGGCAUACGCCUGGGAAGAGUUUGCUUUCACUUUGCAGCUCCCCCAAGGCGACACAGGAGCAGCGACUCAUCUUUCUGCCUCAGCAAUGGCAGAAGCUGUUAUAAGACACUGGGUGGAAACUCCUGUACGCUAUCAAGAGCACUUUGCUGUCCAGGAGCUGGAAGCAUGCAAACUGGACCACUCUCUAUACGCUUUGCCAGGCCCUUCUACCUCUGCACUGAGCAGCAGAAUCACAGAAAGCACAGCUGGGGUCGGGAAGAGUGAUGAGGAGGAUGAAAACACACACUUUCAGGUCUUGCUGGACGUUGUGCAGUUCCGCCCUGAAGAUAUCAUUAUUCAGACUUUCGAAGGCUGGCUCCUGAUCAAAGCUCAGCAUGGACCCAGGAUGGAUGAACAUGGUUUUGUAUCCAGAAGCUUCACCAGACAAUACAAAUUACCUAAUGGAGUGGAGAACAAAGACUUGUCUGCGCUCUUCUGCCAUGAUGGCAUUUUGGUUGUUGAAAUGAAGAACUCGGUGGGAAAGAAUUAGAACUUUGUCCAUAGUUUGUUGGUGAGAUGAAAUAAUUCUUAAUAUGACAAAAUAAUAUUAUUCAAACAAUGCUGUAGAGUGUAGUAAGCAUGUGGCUAUAUUUAUACAUUGCAGUAACUGAAAAUCUUUGUGUAUAUUUUUCAGUAUGCUGAGCUUAUUGUUUGAUGUGAAACAUUAGACUACUUGCCUCUGGCUACAUAUGUGUUGGAAAGCCAUGCUUUUUGAACAGUAGAAAAUUUAGGCUAGUCACAGCAAGAGAAAAAAUAAUCUGUUUGAUAACAUAUUGAGAAUAAAGCAUAUUUAUGAGUUCA